AUGUCGACCCCAAAACGCCGAUUCCACGGCGGAUGCUGGACUUGCAAAGUCAAACACCGCAAAUGCGACCGUGCGCGUCCCUCGUGUCGAUCUUGCGAUGAGCGCGGAAUAGUAUGCGAGGGCUACGAGGUUCGGCUACGCUGGGAUAUCGGAGUCGCGUCCCGAGGCCGCUUUACUGGCGCCGAGGCACCGACAGCCUCUUCAGUUUCGGCGCCACCGAGACUCAAGGGCCGGUUGAGGGAUCGUGCUCGAGGGGGGCAGCGGCAGUUGCACACGGCAGCAGAUUUCUAUCGGGCACAUGCUUGUUCCACAGAGGCUGGUCUGGCAGAAUUGGUUUCUUCAAGUCCGUCUUCUUGUUGGGGGCCUGACAGUGGGAUCGAUAAUGAGUUACUAUUCCAAGAAUUCCUCUCAUCCGGCAUCAAUAUCCUCCAUUCAACGACGGUUCACGACGUCGAAAACCUCCUCCGGUUGCGGCUGCCCACUCUACGCCAACAGUCGGACGCCCUCUAUACGAUAUGCAUUACCCUCCAGAUCUCGCUAAAGGCGGAGUUGAGGACGCAUUUCUUCGAGUACUUCGACGCCGCCCUAACCAAGUUCCGCUGCGAGCUCAGGCGGAACGAGACAUGUCUACAGGAUGGGACAUUGGCUGCUGGACUACUCCUGUGCACAAUCGGGGUUAUGCAUGGGAUACCCUGGACCAUGCAUCUGCGCGGAAUGCACAGCAUCCUCCAGCUCAGCGGCACUCAGAAUACGCAGGGAUCCGAUACAACAUUCCGCGCCCACUUGUUCGAGGUGAUGGGGAUUAUGGAUCUUCCGACCUUUGCGAUAGGCCGUCAAUAUCCUCACCUGGGGUUCUGGCGGCAGUACUGUCGUAAUCGCCAAAGUACCUCGGCGCGGGAUGAGGUUGAAGUCGUAAGCGGGUUGCCAAAAUCUCUCGUGGAUAUCUUCUCCUGCAUAGGCGAUGGUGCGACCGAAGAAGACUUUUGGAACUGGCCGGGUGCGAUGGGUAGUCCUGUCCAGUGUCAGCUAUGGCAGGCAUAUCGGUUGGCUGGAAUGUUAGCCCUCCGGGAUGAAAGCCUGCACACGUCAAGGCAGGACCCAAGGUCGGAAGAGGCGCACCCUCGGAAGGCUCCGUUACCUUCAACCGCUGUGCUUGUGGCACAGCUGGUCAGCUGCAUUGAUGCGGUACAUCGCGCAUCAGUCCAACCGGAUGGACGAGACUCGCUGGCAAUUAACGCACUCCCUUAUCCCAUAUUCAUGGCUGGCUUGCAAACUAAAAUUUUGAGUCAGCACCCAUUGCUGAAGGAAUCGGUCAGAGGGUUCCUUCUCCCAGCUACUGCUGACCCUUUAUGGAACAAGCAAUAUCACAUCCUGUUGGAUUUGCUCGAAGAAUAUUGGACAUGUAAACCUGGGACAGUGACAAUCCACCAACUGGCUCGAGCUCGAGAAAUAGAAUUGGGAUUAUUUUAA